AUGAAAAAAAUAAAAAAAUAUCCGUGUAACGGCAGCACGGGCUCAUUCCUCAUUACAAAUCGCUGCGCGAAGGUCUUUGGUCAGUAGUUUUUUUUUCCUUGAUUCCUUGACGAUUCUCCGUUCAGCAGCUACAAAAAUGACUGAACCAAGAGAGGUGCUGAUGAUGUGCGUGCAAGUGGGAGUCCAGCUAGCGAUCGGCUCCGUCGUGGCCAGCGCCAUUAUUGGAUGCUCAGGAGUGGGAUUUUCUUGACUUUAUUUUUAUUUUUCAGGCUUUUUCUUCUGGGUCCAUUAUUAGAUGCUGAGGAAUGAGAAAUUCUUGACUUUCACUUUAUUUAUAACUUUUUCGCAUAAGUCCAUUAUUGGAUGCUCAGGAGAAGGAAUUUCUUAUUUUUCAUUUCACAAUUUUUGACCUUUAUUUAACUUCCGGCCUUUUUCGUUUGUCUCCUAUCUUAGAUGCUCGGGAAUAGGAAUCCUUUCAUUUUUCUGAAUUUUGUGUUUUCCUUCGACGGAUUUUUCACUAAGGAAAAUUUCUCAAGGCCCAAAAAAAUAUCAUUACCUGGAUGUUUUAGCGCGAAAAUCCAAAGUAAAUCAAUUUUUGACCCGGUCGUUUUUUUUUUCAAGUUAAACUUCAAAUCCAAAAAAAAUUUUACUUGAUUCUGGAGAAGGUCAGACUUGAGUUCUUAAAUUUUUCAAGAGUUUAUAUAUUCUAAAUCGAAUUUUGAAGAUAUAUUGUAAUAAGCUUCAUUUUGAAAGUAGAUUUUUAAGCAUUUCCUUCUCUAACUGCUAAGGAUUUGGAUUCAAUUUGAUUUUCUUCAGUUCAUUUUUCAAUGAAUGUUCCAAUCAUGUUAACAAAAAAAGCCAUGAACUGUUGAACUUUGUGCAAAAAAUCAAAAUUUUCGAAAAAACAGUUUUUCCAGUUUUGCUUAAUUAUUUUCAUGCUUUUUUUAUUCCAGCCAUACUUCCAAAAAUGUAUAAAAAUUUCUUCGAUUUUCAAUAAAUUGUCUUUUUUGUUCCCUUCGCCCAUCCCUGGUGCAGAAAACGUCUCCAUCUUUCCAGAAAAAAUCAUCAACAGGGUCUGAGGGUAGCCAAAUCACUGGUGGGCCUUCGGCUGGCGGAACUAAAGCUCCGACUGGCAGUAAGACCCUUCCUCGGACUACUCUGACCACGGAAUCUCAGGAAACGAUGCUCAAACUCCGACGGGAGACGAGGGCGGCGACAAGGCGGCGGGAGGCGGUCCGAAGGCUCCCGCUCAAGGCGGCGUCGCCGGAACGCACGAUCCCAACUAUCAGACGCUCGCCGGAAUCGGAAACGACUGCUUCCAGAACAAACCGGCUGCCGGGGGAGGAGGAGGAGGAUUUGCUGCCGCCGCAGCCGGUCCCAGGGCUCCAGCUCAAGGCGGAAUCGCCGGUGAGGAGCUCGAACUUUCAGGAAAUCAGGGAAGAACUGCAGGCACCCACGAUCCAAACUACCAAACACUAGCCGGCAUCGGUAACGACUGCUUUGCGGGCAAGCCCGCGGGCGGAGGAGCAGCUCCUGCUGCGGGCGCGGGUCCGAAGGCUCCGGCGGCUGGCGGCGUCGCUGGUGAGUCGCUCCUGACCGCUUCUUGCUGA